AUGGCGUCGAACGUGUUCCGCCCGCUCUCGUCUGAGCUUUGCUAUUCCUCUUUAACCGUUGCUCGCUUCGCGCAACGCCGCCUCCGACUCAAAGAUGUGCGUCCAUUGUCUUAUGUUCGCCGCCAGUGGCACAAUACCCCUGGACAAGCCAAGCAGCGGGCUCUCGUUCCGUCCGUGACUCGCAAGUCCCUGGCACUGGUUCGCCAUGCUUCUGUCGUAUCGACAACAGCUCCGGAAGCCGGAGCACAGCAGCAUUCUACAGCCGUGAUACCUCCGACAACACCGUACGGUCACCUUACCGUUGGUGUGCCCAGGGAGAUCUACCCUGGUGAGCGUCGAGUUGCCUUGACGCCAGCCAAUGUCGCACUUUUGCUCAAGAAGGGCUUCAGAAAGGUCAUUGUUGAGCGCGGUGCUGGCUCCCAGGCCGAGUUUCUCGACGAGGCCUAUGAAAAGGCCGGCGCUGCCUUGGUUGACGGCCCACAGGCCGUGUGGUCCGGAUCUGAUGUUAUUCUAAAGGUUCGCAGUCCGUCCACAGACGAGGUUGACUCUAUUCAGGAGAAGCAGACUGUCAUUUCUUUCCUCCAACCUGCUCAGAACCAGGAUCUGGUUCGAAGGAUUGCAGAGCGCAAAGCAACCAUAUUUGCCAUGGAUAUGAUUCCUCGAAUCUCCCGUGCUCAGGUUUUUGAUGCCCUCAGUAGUAUGGCAAACAUUGCUGGUUACAAGGCUGUUUUGGAGGCAUCCAAUGUUUUUGGACGAUUUUUGACAGGCCAGGUUACUGCUGCUGGCAAGAUCCCGCCCUGCAAGGUCUUAAUCAUUGGUGCCGGUGUCGCUGGUCUGAGUGCCAUUGCUACAGCUCGACGAAUGGGCGCCAUUGUUCGUGGAUUUGAUACCAGACCUGCUGCCAGGGAACAGGUGCAGUCACUUGGCGCCGAAUUUAUCGAGGUUGACAUCCAGGAAGAUGGCUCCGGAGCCGGUGGUUAUGCCAAGGAAAUGAGCAAGGAGUUCAUCGAAGCUGAAAUGAAGCUUUUCAAGGACCAGGCCAAAGAGGUCGACAUUAUUAUUACCACUGCCCUUAUCCCUGGCAAGCCCGCUCCGAAGCUUAUUAAAACUGACAUGCUGGAUGUCAUGAAACCUGGAAGCGUCGUGGUUGAUCUUGCCGCCGAGGCUGGCGGUAACUGCGAAGCUACCAAGAAGGGCGAGUUGGCAAUGUACAAAGACGUCAAAAUAAUUGGAUACACUGAUCUGCCUUCGCGCCUGCCGACCCAGUCUUCGACCCUCUACUCGAAUAACAUCACCAAGUUCCUGCUUUCAAUGGCCCCCAAAGACAAGGAAUUCGGAAUCGACCUAUCAGAUGAAGUUGUGCGCGGCUCAAUUGUUACCCAGAAUGGUGAAAUUCUGCCCCCUGCUCCUCGGCCUGCUCCGCCCCAAGCUGCAGUGAAACCUACCGCUGAGCCUGUGGUCGAAGUUGUCGAGCUCACUCCUUGGCAGAAGAAGACGCGAGAGGUUGCAGCUGUUACCGCUGGUAUGGGAAGCGUGCUCGCCUUGGGAAAGUUUACUGGUCCGCUCUUCAUGUCCAAUGCUUUCACCUUUGGAUUGGCUAGUUUGAUUGGUUAUCGUGUUGUCUGGGGGGUUGCUCCUGCACUGCAUUCUCCUCUCAUGAGCGUUACAAAUGCUAUUUCCGGCAUGGUGGGUGUUGGUGGUCUUUUUAUCCUGGGAGGCGGUUAUGUUCCUGAGACGAUUCCCCAAGUGUUUGGUGCCCUGAGCGUUUUGCUUGCCUUUGUCAAUGUUGGUGGCGGGUUCGUAAUUACCAAACGAAUGCUGGAUAUGUUUAAGCGGCCGACUGACCCCCCCGAGUACCCCUGGCUGUAUGCUGUGCCUGCAGCUCUUUUUGGUGGAGGGUUUAUUGCUGCUGCGUCUACCGGGGCUGCUGGACUGGUCCAAGCCGGAUAUCUCAUUAGCUCCGUUCUUUGCAUUGGGUCAAUCUCUGGGCUUGCUUCUCAGGCCACUGCCCGUAUGGGCAAUAUGCUCGGUAUUCUAGGUGUCGGGUCCGGUGUUUUGGCGAGCCUACUUGCUGUUGGAUUUUCUCCUGAAGUUCUGACUCAGUUUGGAGUACUUGCCACGGUUGGUGCAUUAGCUGGAAUGUUGAUAGGCAAGCGAAUCACGCCUACCGACCUUCCACAGACAGUUGCUGCGCUUCACUCCGUGGUUGGUUUGGCUGCUGUCUUGACCAGCAUUGGUAGUGUUAUGGCUGACGUUACUGAUAUUUCAACCUUGCAUUUGGUUACCGCAUAUCUCGGCGUUCUUAUCGGUGGCAUUACCUUCACUGGCUCUCUCGUCGCAUUCAUGAAACUAGCGGGUAAAACGUCAUCUAAACCCACGAUUCUUCCUGGCCGACAUGUGAUCAACGGGGGAUUGCUCGCUACUAAUAUGGCUACAAUGGGCGCCUUCAUCACCAUGGCGCCGGGAAGUCCCUUGAUUGCUGCAGGUGCUCUUGCUGCAAACACGGCACUUAGUUUCGUCAAGGGUUACACUACGACUGCCGCAAUUGGUGGCGCCGACAUGCCCGUUGUCAUCACGGUGCUGAAUGCCUACAGCGGAUUCGCCCUCGUAGCUGAGGGGUUCAUGCUGGACAACCCACUGCUUACCAGCGUUGGAGCGCUGAUCGGCGUAUCCGGCUCUAUCCUCUCGUACAUUAUGUGCGUGGCAAUGAAUAGGUCACUCACAAAUGUCUUGUUUGGCGGGCUGUCAACACCAACAGCAGUGCAAGAGUACAAGCCCCAAGGAGAAGUUACGCAAACAAACGUGGAUGAGCUGGCAGAUGCACUGCUGAAUUCGGAAUCAGUGAUUCUGGUUGUUGGCUACGGCAUGGCUGUGGCAAAGGCCCAGUACGCGAUUUCAUCAAUUGUGUCGCAUUUGCGAUCCAAGGGCAUCACUGUCCGGUUUGCUAUUCAUCCCGUGGCAGGCCGAAUGCCGGGUCAGUGCAACGUUUUGCUUGCCGAAGCCAGUGUCCCGUAUGACAUUGUGUUGGAAAUGGACGAAAUCAACGACGACUUCCCCGACACUGACUUGACUGUUGUCAUUGGUGCCAACGACACUGUGAACCCCAUUGCUAUGGAGAAGGGCAGUGCAAUCGAGGGUAUGCCUGUGCUGCAUGCGUGGAAGAGCAAGCAAGUUGUAGUGAUGAAGAGAGGCAUGGCAAGUGGAUAUGCUGAUGUUCCUAACCCUAUGUUUUACAUGCCCAACACAAAGAUGUUGUUUGGUGAUGCAAGGAACACUUGCGAAGCAAUCAAGACAGCGAUUGAAGCUAAGAUGUAG